CAAGUCGCUGCACCGUGGCCGAGAGCGCCUCAGAGCGUAGUGUCCGACACUGUGAUCAUCCUGGGUGAUGGCCUCGAUGGGUACUUAAAAGGCCCGCAGUCCAGGUUGUGUCGGUCGAGGAAACAUGCCAGCUGGCAUGCUACUGAGACGCAAGGGAAGAGAGAAUCGUGCUUCUAGUCUCUAGUUGACACCUCGCCGGUUAUCUUCUGUGCCUUCCUAACCAUUCGUUGAUGGAUCGAAGUUUUGAUUGGACGCCUUCUCCGCCCAAAGAACCUUCUCUUCCUGGGCAGCGACUUUGUGCAACUUUGCUGGCGCAAUCUGGGGCACAAUUCAACGCCCAGUGUGUGUACCCUGAUAUCUGCCCACUCCAUCACGAUACAGCUGUGGCCCGAAACCUUGGAAAAACCUACCACGAAAGUGAUGGAAGAGACACAAACUCUUUGGGGAGAAUUUGGCCAGAUGAUUCUGACCGGGCGCCUCUGAUGUCUCCAGGAUACCCGUGCUUGUGCCUGGAGGAGCGUAGAAAUGACCAUGAAGACUUACAUUCAGAUGAUCUUCUUGGACAGUGGACGCACCUCCAAGCAAAGGAACCCCUCGUCCAGGACGUCGCAGGCAUCCUUCGAAGCAUCAUGGGCUCUGGGUCAUCUUCACAACGGCUUGCCGAUAGCCCCGAGGACGGCUCACAUGAACAGACACUUGAUCGACCACCAUGGCGUGAUCAGAGUCCAUUGGCAUCGUUCCUCCUUUCCGGGCUUCUGUCGGACCAAGAUGGGAACCAUUUGCAGAGCUGGCUGGGCCAAUCUCCUUCGUCAUAUCUCUUCACCCUCGACGAUGAUAGCACCUUGUGGAGAUGGAAAGAGAAGUCACAGGCCGAGCUGACAAUAAACGGCAUGGACGGCACAUGCUCAUCGGGUCUGUCGGGCGUCAGGGAGGGGCUUUGGAGCGAUGACAAUAAGUCGCAGCAGACCAGCAUUACUUCUGUGCCAUCAGUGUGAGUAUAGAUCGCCGAG